UGCAGGGGAUGAUACAGUGUGUACGAGAGUACAUUGGCCUGUUGGGGUCUCCUUAAAAGAAACAACUGUUUCUCUUUCUCUCUCUCCGUGUUUGAAGAACAAAGCACACUUCUUCUCAAUUUCCUCUGAGAGAGAAAGAGAGAAAGUGAGGGACUUGGAGAGAAUUUCUGUCAUCACAGCACAUUGAGUCACCAAUCAACCAUGUCUCUGGGGUAUGCCGAGAAGCUUUCCUACAUAGAAGAUGUGGGCAACGUUGGAAUGGUCGAAUAUUUCGACCCAUCCCAUGUUUUGCGAGAGAAAAUAGAUCAACUUGCUAUCAUGAUAAAAAAGAGUAAGCAUCUAGUGGUGUUUACAGGUGCAGGAAUUUCAACUUCUUGUGGUAUACCUGAUUUUCGAGGUCCCAAGGGAAUUUGGACGCUUCAGCGUGAAGGUAAAGCCCUGCCGGAAGCAUCACUGCCAUUUCAUCGUGCAGCACCAAGCUUGACACACAUGGCUCUGGUUGAAUUAGAAAAGGCUGGUAUUUUGAAGUUCGUCAUCAGUCAGAAUGUUGAUGGUCUCCAUCUUCGAUCUGGAAUACCAAGGGAGAAACUUGCUGAAUUGCACGGGAAUUCCUUCAUGGAGACAUGCCCUUCUUGUGGAGAAGAGUACUUUCGUGAUUUUGAGGUAGAAACUAUCGGUUUAAAGGAGACAUCAAGGCGUUGUUCAGUUGCCAAAUGUGGGACAAGACUUAAGGAUACAGUCCUUGACUGGGAGGAUGCAUUGCCUUCAAAGGAGAUGAAUCCUGCUGAGAAGCAUUGCAAACAGGCAGAUAUAGUGUUAUGCCUGGGUACAAGUUUACAAAUAACUCCAGCAUGCAACUUGCCUCUGAAAGCACUUCGUGGUGGGGGUAAAGUUGUUAUUGUAAAUCUCCAGAAAACUCCAAAGGACAAAAAAGCCAGUUUAGUCAUACAUGGGUUUGUAGAUAAGGUAAUUGCGGGUGUCAUGGACCAGCUUAAUAUGCAGAUUCAUCCAUUUGUCAGGAUUGAUCUUUUCCAGAUUAUUCUAGUGCAAGCUUUGAGCAACGAUGAAAGAUAUGUGAACUGGACUCUCCAGGUUGCAAGUGUUCAUGGACAAAAAGCAGCAUUGCCUUUCAUCGAGUCUGUUGAGAUCUCCUUCUUGGACAGGGAAGAUUACAAAGCAGCCAUUCUGGAUAAGCAACCAUUUCGGCUUAAAAGGAGAACAGCAUAUAACAAAGCAUUUGAAAUGGUUCUGAAACUCAACUUUAGCGAUGGUUGUGGUUGCUCAUCCCUUGAAAUUGAUGUCCCUGUUGAUUUUAAGGUUUCAACUGACUGCUUUGACUUUGAUAAGGACUACAUAUUCCAAAAGCUGAGAGACAAGGCGGUUCUGGAAUCAAGAUGUGGUCAGAAUGCUGUUAUUGAGAGAAAGGCCAUCUUGACGCCUAGAAGUGAUGUCACUACCUAUGCCAUUGUGACCAAUGUUGUUCAGUACAGCAAAACAUGUAAAGCAGCCCUUGAUUCUCUUAGUAAUGGUGAUUUUAAAAAAAGAAAAGCUAGUGUGACUGGUACUGGAUCAUCUAGGAAGCGUUCAAAAGUGUCCUCCAAGUGUAAAAGAGAAUGUUAGGGGUCAUAUCUAGGUUUUGUACGUAUGAUAACAUCAAGCAUUAGAAACUGACAUAGAGACUGAGUGAAUUUUGUUAGAUGUUACACUCAGUCUCCCCUAAAUGGUGUCCAUGAUACUAAAGGCUUUUGAUACCGUAAUUACUAAUAUAGUGGGUAUUCUUGGUGUGGCUUUUGGAAUGUUUCUUAUUGAAAAUUCCAGACAACUUGAUGUUAAUUAUAGGUGUAGAACGAAAUUUAGUUUGAAAAAUCUGAGUAUAUGCAGAGCUCAACUGGUGUAAAAGUGUUUAUUUUUUUGUCCUUUACCCGGUGAAGUGUUAUUUUUAUCUUGAAUCUUUUCAAAUUCUCAGAGCUCAACUUGGAAUGUUA